UCCUAUUACUGAAGAAGCGCCUCUGUUUCUUACAUAUGGAUCUUCGCUGGACAUCAAAGUCAGUGGUUCUUAUCGCUCUGAUCAGCCUUGUUGGUGCCCAUUGCGCAACAGCACCUCUAGCCCUGUCAAUCGAAAAUGUAACUCUAUCAGACGGGGUUGCAAAAAACCGCGGAAUCCACGUCGAUCUUGGGGGCCAGCCAGAAGGCUUCCGGAUAUCGUUUGCGAUCAAUAAUACCCGCGUUCGAAACGCUCAGGACUGUCAGGUUCUUGGAAAUGCGACGUUGAGGUCUAAGUGCCUGGGCUCUUCCGGUGGCGUUUACGAUGUUCAGCUGCACACCUUCAAUACUUCCGGGUCAUUCAACGUAUCGCACAUAGACACCCCGCCGAAGAAUGCGGUCAUUUUGCAAGGUGCUGACGAAGCUGUGAUGGGAAAUAUCACUAUUCCCAGGUUUCCUUUCGAGGUGUGGCAUGAUCCGGACUCGUUAAAUAAAUCGGGCAUUGCGUUUGGACCAGAUUCGUCAGUAUUAGCAAAACUUGUUGACUAUGGCUUUGCGCCGUCAAAGUUUUUCGGCCUCUUCUUUGGAUCGCGUUCCCAGAACCAACCUCAGGAUGGCCAAGUCAUCGUCGGGGGAUACAACGUCGCUCGCAUCAGAGGACCAUUCACAAAUUUCAGCAUGACACCUCUGGGACUAGAUACACCGUGUCCAUUGCAAGUCCAAAUCAAAGACGUCGUCCUCAACAACAGUCAGGGAUCCUACUCACUGAUGCCGGAUAUUCGCUCCACUGUUGCGGCGUGUAUCGACCCGCUUCAAAACCAAUUCACUUUCACCCAAGCCAUGUACGCCCUGUGGAAAAACUACACUCGCCACAACGAUAGCGCAGACUACACGGACCAGACAUACCCACCGGAAAGUGAAGCUCCUGUUCUUAUUGACAACCUCACUGUGACACUCAGCAAUGGGUAUACAGUCGUUGUUCCCAAGUACGAAUUGUUGAGUCUGGAAAGAGGGGCCAACGACGUAGGAGAGUACGCUAUAGUAUCCCAGAAGGUAAUGGCUGCGGUGGGGAAAGGGCCAACGGAUUUUGGACGAGACAUUCCGAUUCUAGGGGGAACAUUUCUUUCGCAGAAUUAUCUGUUCGUUGACUAUGAGAGUCGAACUUUUGGACUUGCGCCAGCUAAUGUUGACCGAGUUAAUAUAAUGAAGGGUGAUAUACGGACGGUUUGUAAAGAGCUAUUAGUAGAAGCUCCGCAAAGUCAUCGAAAUGUGGGCGUUAUAGUAGGUCCUGCUAUUGGAGGUGUCGCGGCCACUCUCCUUAUACUUACGGGCAUAUGGUGUUGGAGGCGAAGGAGACCAGCCAGAGAAGGCACAGAGAGUGGGGCAGCAGAGGAUGAUGAUCCGUGGAAGUUAAAGAGCCUUUAUUAUUAA